AUGGAAGACGAGGAUGUAGUUUUGGAAAACUCACCCUUGCAAAAAUACCUCAACGAAAUCGGCUAUGUUGACUUUGAAGACACGAAUGGUCGGAAAAGGCAAGAAGAGUUUGAAAAGAGCAACCAUGGUUCCGUUUGGACCUACAAAGAUUGUCUCGUUGAGUUUUCACAGACCGUAAUUGAGCUUGCUCGGUAUAUUUACAGCUCGUCUUUGUCGUGGUUUGUUUUAGUACCUUCAGUGAAUGAUAUUGAAACUUUCAGGAAUGACUACAUCGUGGGUGUGUAUGAAUCACAAACACUGAAGAAGGAUGACAUCAGUUUUUUAUCCCAGUUUGAUCCGAAACUCUUCGUUAGUGCUAAAGCGGAAAUGGCAAGUGGUUUUGGCGAAUGGAAAUCUUUUGCUCAUGGAAACUAUAUUUUAUCAUUAAUUUUGCUGGUUAUUUCUCUGCUUCUGGUAAAGAUUGACGGUCUUCUCUUUCCUUCUGUUUUGGCAUUUUUGGUGAUACUCUUUGCGUCCUCUGCUAGAGUUUUACUGCGAUAUUUCUUCAUUCAUCGUCAUCAGACAAAUUUAGUUGCACUGAAACGGUUUGCACAACAGACAAAACAACUGACUCUCCUGGUGAAAAGAUCUAUAAAAUUCAUUCAAGAAAUAGAACUAACAUCAAAAGGUUAUACCAUGGUAGGCCCAAUGAUGCCUGCAUUUUUCUCAGGAGACAGUGAAAACUUGGCAGAAUCAGUGAUAUUUCCAACAUUAAGGAAGAACAUUAUGGAAAAUACUGAGCCUGUGUUGUUGUCUAUACAGAAUUCUGCUAAGGAGCUACUCUUUCAUUUUCCUCUCCCACCAGAACUUACUAAGAUAUUUACAUACUUUUCAACAGGAUCCAUUGGAAAUCUGCAUGUAGGAAUCAAGGAAAUUGUGCCAGAUGACUCAACUGAAAAAGUGUCAUUGCAGGGCUUAAAAAAUGUGGCUUCAUUACUUUCAAGCCUGCAGUCAGAAUUUCUCAGUAGAUUCUUGCUUUGUUUAUCACUUGAAGUAAAUGAUGGUAACUUGAAUCAAUUAUACAUCAAACUCUUUAAAAAUAUAGAGAAGAUAUUUGGAAUUUCAUUGAAAAUGAUAGAAUGUUCUGUAGUAUCAAUUGAGAGAUGUUAUCAUGUACAUGAAAGUUACUGUUUCAUGAGCAAAGAGUGUGAAAAGCCUCCUGUGAAGCCUUGUGUCGAUCAGACAGCAAGGGCUCUUGAUAUAACUCUUCAUAGCAUUCAACGGCACCUUCAGGUGGGAAUUUUGAGAGUAGAGUCCAUUCAAAAGGAAAGAUACCAAUUGUUAGAGCCUAAAGGAGAUCAUGACUCUAAAGCCAAGAAUUCACUCCCUUUGAAUUUAGAGACAGCAUUUAAGUGGAUAAAAAGUGAUCUUGAGUCUGCAUUAACCUGUUGGCAGGAGGGUGAGGAACUCUUCAACAAACUUCUGGGUAAAGAACCUACUGCAAAUCAGAACAAAGUUUCUUGUGACACCAAGAGUGAUGAAAUAUUGGAAGAAUCACAGAAUAUUUACACACUGGACCUGACAGAGGAUGUUGAAGAGGGUGAUAAGGUAUAUGAGGCCUUUUCUGAUCCAUAUGAAGAAGUUAUGAUUGACCAAAAGGCUCUAAAUGUUGAGGAUGUUGAAAAAGAGCAGAGAGAAGCAAGGGAAAACAAGCGACUGUUACAAGAACUGAAGACUGUUUUGCUUUCAAAGGCAAAGGAUCCACUCAUUGGCACUGCAGGAUUUGUCCAACCUGCAGUAAAACAACCUACCCAUAAUCUCCUCAAUGUAUCAAACACAGAUAGUAAAACAUGGCCUCAUGGUGGCCAAGGUGGACUUACAACACUGAAAGAAGAUGAAACAAAAAUCUGUUUCAAUCUCAGGGACUCCUGUCAUCAAAAGUGGUUGUCCUCAAAUGAGGCACACAGUCAGGUGUCUUGUAUGCAUGCAAACGAGCAUUCCGUUAGACCCCCUUCGCUGUUGGGAACUUUCCCAUCUUCAGUGGCUGUUUCAGUCGCUGCUGCAGCAGCUGCACACAGUAGGGCUUUGGGAUUGAAUGAGGAAUCCUUUUUUAGUGAUGACACAGACUGA